ACCGUCGAAACCCAAACCGCGAACCACCGCCCUCGUCUCUCGACAGCGCAUUGCGGGUCGCGCAGACGCGCAGAUAUUUGUUCGCAAUGAGUAAAAUGUGGGAGGUGGACCCGGAGACGAGGAGUAAGCUACUCGAGAUCCAGAAGACGAACGACAACAACAGGUGCGUCGAUUGCAAUGCGCCGAGUCCACAAUGGGCCUCGCCCAAGCUCGGCAUCUUCAUGUGCCUCUCCUGCUCCGGCGUCCACCGCGGCCUCGGCGUGCACAUCUCCUUCAUCCGUAGCAUAACCAUGGACGCCUUCAAGGGCGCCGAGCUCGCGCGCAUGGCGGCCGGCGGCAACAAGCCCUUCCAGGAAUUCUUCAACGCGCAUCCCUCGAAUAAAAAGGACAGCCGCACAUUCGAGGCUUCGUCGAUCCAGGAGCGAUAUGAUUCUGAGGCUGGCGACGAGUGGAAGGAGAGGCUGAGCUGCAAGGUGGAGGGGAGGGAAUUCGACAGGAGUAAUCUACCGAAGCGAGCGCCGAAGAAGCUGUCGGAUAAUGCUGCGGCGCUGACUGCAGGAGCGCCGCUAAGUGGAAGGGCAAGUGGGCCAGGAAGCAGGAGUCAGACGCCGCUUAGCAAGACACGGAGUAACGAUGCGGGGAUUCAGCGGUCUGGCUCUCCAGCACUCGGCACGAACGCUAUGUCGCAGAAGGGCAAGAACGAAGCGUACUUUGCGCGCAUGGGCGCUGAGAACGCGAACAGGAGAGACGACGUGGCGCCAAAUCAGGGAGGGAAGUAUGCCGGGUUUGGCAGUGAGCCCGAAGGCUGGAAGAAGGACGACGAGCCCGGCGCUCCACCUGCACUGGACGAUUUCCAGAAGGAUCCCGUCGCGGCGCUCACCAAGGGGUUUGGGUGGCUAGGAGCGAGCGUGAGCAAAGCCGGCAAGACUGGAUAUGAGGGCUGGGUCAAGCCGGGGAUGCAGAAGCUCGCCGAAGCCGACAUCGCCUCGCAAGCACAAAAAACCGCCGCGCUCAUGGGCCAAGGCAUACAAUCCGGCGCCAAAGGCGCAGGCGACGCCCUCAACCGCUUCGUCGAAGGACCCGAUUCGCACUCCUCCACGCGCGGCGCAGAACCCGAGAAGAAAGACUUCUGGGAUUCGUUUGGCGCCCCGCCCAAAGGCCCCGCCGCCGACAAGAAAGACUUCUGGGAUGAAUUCGGCGCGCCGCCGAAGGGGCCUGGUAAGGACAAAGAGGACUUUUGGGAUGAGUUUGCGAGCGCGGGGGAGGCGAGGACUUCGAAUGUGGGGAUGGGGGCUGCGGCGAAGAAGCCGAGUGGGAUUGGCACUAGUGCGGUUAAGAGGUCGAAGAAGGAGGAGGAGGGCUGGGGGGAGUGGUAGGAGGCGGAUGCUGGUUUGGAGUUGGAUAGAUGGGGUGGGGAGAGGAGUUUUGGCGUUUGAGGGGUAGCUAUUUGCCAGAGUUGGGCGAGGUGGUGGCGUGGGGAUUGGAUUGGAUUGGAUUGAUAUCAGGUUAGCUUGCUUCUCGCUCGCGUAUGCAUUCUAUUCUUCGUGUCACUGGGGGUGUGUCUCGUGGAUCUGGGUUACUACACCGGUAUGUAGGUCGCGGUAUACGUUCUACCCUGCCUCAGCUUUUGCCUGCGGAAUGUCCAUCCUGAGGGCCUUCAGCAUGUAAUGACCUAGCACAUUCCCCAAGUCGAACGCAUCUGCUAAAUGUAUCUUUUAGGGUUUGUGUGGCAUAUUGAAGAUGCCGUUAAACUAUUACCUCGAG